ACAUCCAUCUGCCUUAACUAUCACUCUUCCUGACCUGGUUAACCAGCAUCAAUGAUAUCAGCAAUAUACAAACCAAGCUCUGGAUCGUCUGCAACCAAGUCAAAAACUCUUCAACUAGGCGCAGACGACAUUUUACUCAACACCUGAUUGCUUACGUCAACCGAGGCAUUCUUUCUCCAACGUCGACUCAAAAACAUUUGGGAAAAUCCCACGCAUUUCACAACGCCAACAAGAAAAAAAACAAGAAAUAGUCAGCAAAGCUGCCAAAGAUUUAUGUACAACCCGAAACUUGGCACAAUAUAGUCACAACCGUCGAAAGGCGCCACAGACGGCAAAACAUCCGCCGACCAUGGACCCCAAGCAAUCAGCAGCCUCGGAUGAGGAGGACGACUACAUGAACAUGACGUUCGAGGAACCCUCGACCAUCAAAACGGCUCAACCAGAAACCUCCCUCCAGCGACGUCAGCGCCUGAGACGUGAGGGGGAGAUCCGCGGACGCGUUAAGUCCAAGGAGGAGCUCGCGGCGGAAGAGGCCGCGGCACGCGAGAAGGCGCUCUCACGGUCCCUCCUCGAGGACGCCGCUGCCAAGAAGAGCAAGGGCCUCGCGAUGAUGGCCAAGAUGGGCUUCAAGGGCGGCGCGCUCGGCGCGAGCGGUUCCGCGGGUGACGGUGCGCGCACGGAGCCCAUUGCUGUGGAGGUUAAGGAGGACAGGGGCGGCAUCGGCAUGGAGAGCGAGAAGAAGCGCAAGAUGAGGGAGGCUGCAGAGAGGAUCGAGGAGGAGGUUAGGGAGGGUAAGAGGGCCAAGGUCGAUCCGCUCGAGUACCGGGAUCGGGUGAGGCAGGAGAGGGAGGCGGCGAGGGUGCAGGCACAGGUUUUUGCGGCGCAGAGGGUCGCGGAAAGGAUGGCAGAGGAGAAGGAUGCCGAGAGCGGGCUUCAAAUCAUCGAAAAGGGCGAGGAGACGGAUUCCAGGAAAGGGGCGGGGGAUGAGGAGGAGGAGGAGAAUAUGAAGAAGAGGAGGAAACCGGCUGCCGGUGCAACGGCGAGGCCGCUCAAGUCCAUCAACGUCCUUUGGCGGGGUCUGGCGCGGCACCGCGAGGAAAAAGAGAGGGACCGACGGAUGCGGUAUGACUUGGAGCAGAGCCUCUCGCGGCUGCCAACGUACGAGGAUGACCAGGAGGAUGAGGACGACCGCACGGCACUGGGGAAAAGGCAGACCGUCUACGUCACGGCAGAGGACCUGGAUGAGGAGGACACCGAGCUGGAUGAGUUCAACGAGUUGGAGGACGCCGAGAAACUGAGGCGGCUGGUGGAAUAUCUCAGAAAGGAGCAUCGCUAUUGCUUCUGGUGCAAGUUCACGUACACAGACGACGAGAUGGAGGGAUGCCCUGGUGUCACUGAGGAGGACCACGAUUAAA